AUGGCCGCACAGAAAAACUUUGACUUGUUUUUCAAGCUGCUUCUUAUAGGCGACAGCGGAGUUGGCAAGACUUGUAUAAUAUUUCGAUUUGCCGAUAAUACGUUCAAUCCGACAUUUAUUUCGACCAUUGGAAUAGACUUCAAGAUCCGAACUUUAGAACUAGGUGAGUAAGCUACACGAAGUAUAGCACAAAAUACGGUGGUCGUAAUCGAAUCAGUCUGACUCGCAAAUGAAGAUUUCAGUAAGAUCUGUUUCAAAAAGCUUAAAAUUUAACAAGUACCAUUAAGUUCUAUCGAAUUCUUAGUGCAGUUUGUAUAGUAUUUUGCAGAAAAACCGCACGGUUUUCUGCUGAUGUGAAGGCAUUUAAAUAUGCACAUACAGAACACAGAUCGUUAUGGCCGCUGAUUCAUUUUGUCAUUUAACCAUGGGGUGUACGUUUGAAACACAGUAGAGCCUCCCUGCUUUUUUGUUCGUCGUGUUAAAUUUAACAAGGCAUCUACGAUUUUCCCAUGGUGUUACCGUAUUUCGGCAAACGUAGGGAAAAUAUUUAUCUUAAUAGUUUUUUGAUGCCGUGUAUUAUUUCCGUUCAAACAACACGGCAUGUUUUAUGUUUAUAGCUUUCUCGAAUAUUGAAAUUGAAAGAACUGUCAUCGUUAAUUGUCUGUUUCAUGAAAGUAUAAAAUUUCACGAAGUCUUCGAACGAAGUUUCCUCUUUGUAACAGAUGUGUUAGUGUCUGAAAAGCUAGAUGAAUUUUGGUGAUAAUUAUGGCAUUUUAUAUCCUGACGAUUAAUUGUUUCCAUGUACUAGUUAGGUGGAUUAACCAAACUGAAAAUAUCAGAGAUGUAUAUGGAAUGACUAUAUUUGUGAAAAUUAAAAUUUCUCGGUGUUGGAAAAAUAAUGAUUUUUAGUAAACACAUUCACAUGAAGGCCUUUUGAUGACCAAUAUAAAAAUGAAUGCUAUUUCUUUGUUGUGCCAAAUGAAGCGAAGAUAAUUUGGCAAAAUAUACAUAUGUUUCCGCAGUGAAAUUGUAAUGACGUAAUGGUUCGAAAGUGGUUGCAUAUUGAAUUCAGGAGAAGAGCUAUCUCUGAGGUGUCCGAAUACACAGAAUGUUACGUUUUAUAUAUUUGACCUUGAUGGUUUAAUAUCACAUCGCUUACUUUAAGGUAAAACUGCUUUAAAUAGAUAUUGGCUUUCACCAGAGAGACCAAGAAUUUUUAAAACCCCUAGCAGUAAGCAACCUUCUUCCUAAUAAUGAUAAUAAUAAUAAUAAUAAUAAUAUAAUUGAUUACGGUAAAUUAUAUAAAACCAACCAUGAUACUAACGUCAGUUGUAAUGUUAAAAAAGCAUGCCAAGGCCCCCCAACACUAAAUAAUCUCAAAUGCGACUUUGAACCUGGCCUACAUGAUAAAACCCCGUCAAAGCACAUAAUUAAUCAAAAUGAAAUAUAUCUAAAUGCCAUUCAGGGUACGUUUUCCAAGUUUUUUGGUGUCUUUUACCAAAUGAGGAAGUUUUUAUCCCGGAAAGGGGGUGGGUUUUCUGCCAGAAGUUUAGUUUUGAAUUCAACAAUCUCAACUUGUGAGCUAGACUACAAAUGUCGCCGGUCUUGCGUAGCCGUAGCUCUGUCAAGUUUUAAAACAUUAAAGGCGCACUUUCGCAGAAUUUCAUGUCUUUUAGAGGUUGUCUGAAUCAUUUGUAGAUCAUUACCAAACGUUAAUCGUCAGUGUAUGUAAACUAUUAAGUUCAAAGUGGAACGCUUUUUAUGUUUGCUUUCCUACAAAUUUAAUAUUUCUUUGACAAAUAGCCCACGACUGAACUUCCUGCCAGAGUCUAUUAAUUUCCCCUUGCUUUUGAUUAUAGCCAACUUUCGGUUAUGAAACUAUAAAAAAUUUACAACGUUCCCUUUCUUCCCCUGCGGCACUCGUGCCGGCUUGAUAUAUUUCCAAAUAAGAUGAAAAAAACAAGGAAAGAAAUGCAUGACCGAAUGAAACCUAAACCUAAGCAAACUAUAAAGUACAAAGUGGAACAUUUUUCACGUUUUACUACGAAUUUAUGCUUGUUUGUUUGUUUUCUUUUUCGCCAAAUUUUGAGACAAAUAGCCCUCACAGAAACGCCUAUUUCCUCUUGCUUUUGAUUGUUGCCAUCUCAAGUUGGAUGACGAAACAAAUAAAAAUCAGAACGUUCCCCACUCGUGCAUGCUUGGUAUUUUUCCAAAUAAGGUGGUAAAAACAAGAGGAAGCGGAAAUGCACGACCGAAUGAAACCUUAACCUGAGCGCUAUUACCGUAUGGAAAGGGGAACUUUUCGUUUUUACCUGCGUUUGAUGCGGUCGCCUCUUUUUAAGACCUUAAUAAUGCUUUUUUGUUUGGAAUUUAAGGUGGAAAGAAAAUCAAGUUACAGAUCUGGGACACCGCCGGCCAAGAAAGGUUAGCUUUUACCUUAGUGUGCCUCACAUUAUAUGUUCUUCAGCAGCAGUCGACAAUUUAACAAGUGGUUUUUUAUGUACCAUUUAUCCGCGUGCUUGUUCGUGAUUUUUUAUUAAUAUAAUAUCAAACGUGAAAGGUGAUCUAUUUUUUGCCUGGCAAUUUUUCGUGACGUAUGCAUUGUUCAAAUUAUUUUUACGUAAGUUAAUUGUUGGCUUCACACUAGAAGCAAAGGUAGUUUCAAGUAAGCACUUGAUUCAAGUGCACUUGAAAAUCUUAAGUCGCAGUGUAGAAAACAUGGCUUCACAAUUGUGCGCAAAGUAUAUUACUUGAAGUACCAGCUGUCAAUCCUCUUUCACGGUAAAAUACUAAUGCCUUUGCGCUGAAAAGGGUUGUUUGUAGAUUCGUAUAUAUUUUUUAUUACUUUGAACUCAAAGGGUUUUGACCCUGAUAGACAUACGUACUUCGUUUUUUUACGAGUACUUCUUAGCGGUACAGAAAAAAAGAAGUGACGUCUUCCUCUGUAUUUCUUAUUUCGACAACGCGCUUUUCGGUAAAUAAAUCGCCGUAGCGCUUUGCUUGACCUCUUCUGCAACGCUCUUAGCUAACCAAGACAUGUCUUAAAUGUUUAUCUGUCCGUUAAUAUUAGAAUCUUGGAACUGCUGCGGCUGCACAUCGUGCACAUGGCUUCCAUUUCUUGUUAGUCAAGUGUGUUCUGAAGUGUAGUGUCGACUAUACUUUGGCGGCGAACUUCGGCUUCUUUAAACUACUAACGUUUCCAUGAUAACCAAGUAAAGUUUAAGUGGGUACAUUUUACCCUUUCACAGUCAAAGUAGCUUCCAAAUACACUUUCAUUAUACUUGCAAGCUCUACUGAGUGUGAAGCCAACAAAUGUUGGAAAUGGGUAUAGGGGACCCAUCUCGUGCUCUUGUAAAAACGUUUGUUCAUCUUAGCUCCGUUAACACCAGCGAUUUAAUUGCGCGAUCUGGCUUUUAAUGAAAUAUUUUCGGCAGUUAUCGCCAUUUUACUAGCCUGUUAACUGCAGACAUAUUUCCGAUCGUCGCUUCUGUACGUUAUUUUACGGAGGGAGAGAAGCGACGACCGGAAAUACGUCUGCCGUUCGCAGGCUACCAUUUUACAAACAUGUGCCCUUUUUCUCCCUGAAGCAGACUAGGCAUCAUGGCUAAUUGUUUUGGUAUUUUCAUGCGCAAAUCGCCGCGGAUUUACGCCAAACCUCGAUCAGUUAUCGACGACUUUUUCUGGGUUGAAACCAGGUAGCAGCUCAUUCCUUAACGCAGGUUAAAAGUCGUCUGUAAAGGUCUCGGGGCCAAGAAUGUCGUUAUGAGUCAUGAGAAAAACGCAAGACUUAGUGCUUUAUUACUGAAACCCUAACUCAACUUCCCCCUCCAAGAUGAUCGUGGGUAAAAACUAAUGAUGUUUCAUUUUUUCAUUGAUGUCUAGAUUCCACACAAUAACAACUGCGUAUUACCGUGGGGCACUGGGCAUUAUGCUCGUGUACGACGUCACAAAUGAGAAAACCUUCACUAACAUCUCAAAGUGGAUGAGAAAGAUCGAGGAGCACGCGAAUGAAGACGUAGACACCAUCUUAGUUGCAAACAAAUGCGACUUGGAAAGCAGGAGAAAGGUCACGAGAGAAAGGGGAGAGAUGUUAGCCCAGAACCAUGGCAUAAAACACGUAGAAACGAGCGCACUUUCAAGUGAAAAUGUCGACCAAGCGUUCAUUGUUCUAACACAGGACAUUUUGAACAGAGUUUGCCCGCCCGUUCAGGAAGAGAGCGUCAAAAAUGGCAAAGGAAAAGGGAAGAAGAAACGAGUCAACUUAAAGAGAUCAUCUUCUCCUCGUCUUUCAUGUUGUAGGUAGAAGAAUCCUCGGUGAAAGAAAUCGAAAAAUGACAACUCUCGAUAGUCGUAAGAUGAAGUCAAAUCUUUCCCUAUUUCUUCUUCGAUGGUUGGUUUUUGUCAUAAAUUAUCUUCCGUUCAUAGAGGAAGCGGAAAUGCACGACCGAAUGAAACCUUAACCUGAGCGCUAUUACCGUAUGGAAAGGGGAACUUUUCGUUUUUACCUGCGUUUGAUGCGGUCGCCUCUUUUUAAGACCUUAAUAAUGCUUUUUUUGUUUAAAAUUUAAGGUGGGAAGAAAAUCAAGUUACAGAUCUGGGACACCGCCGGCCAAGAAAGGUUAGCUUUUACCUUGGUGUGCCUCACAUCAUAUGUUCUUGGGCAGUAGUCGAUAAUUAAACACGUGGACCAUAUAUACGCGUGGUUGUUCGUGAUUUUUUAUUAUUAUAAUAUCAAACGUAAAAGGUGAUCUAUUUUUUGCCUGGCAAUUUUUCGUGACGUAUGCAUUGUUCAAAUUAUUUUUACGUAAGUUAAUUGUUGGCUUCACACUAGAAGCAAAGGUAGUUUCAAGUAAGCACUUGAUUCGAGUGCACUUGGAAAUCUUAAGUCGCUGUGUAGAAAAUAUGGCUUCACAAUUGUACGCAAAGUAUAUUACUUGAAGUACCAGCUGUCAAUCCUCUUUCACGGUGGAAUACUGAAUGCCUUUGCGCUGGAAAAGGGUUAUUUGUAGUUUCGUAAAUUUUUGAUUACUUUGAACUCAAAAGGUUUGGACCCUGAUAGACAUACGUACUUCGUUUUUUUACGAGUACUUAUUAGCGGUACAGAAAAUAACAAGUGACGUCUUCCUCUGUAUUUCUUUACAAUGGCUCAACAACGCGCUUUUCGGCAAAUAAAUCACCGUAGGGCUUUGCUUGGCCUCUUCUGCAACGCUCUUAGCUAACCAAGACAUGUUGAAUGUUUAUCUGUCCGUUAAUAUUAGAAUCUUGGAACUGCUGCGGCUGCACAUCGUGCCCAUGGCUUCCAUUUCUUAUUGGUCAAGUGUGGUCUCAAGUGUAGUGUUGACUAUACUUUGGCGGCGAACUUCGGCUUUUUUAAACUACGAACGUUUCCAUGAUAACCAAGUAAAGUUGAAGUGGGUACAUUUUACCCCUUCACACUCAAAGUAGGUUCCAAGUACACUUUCAUUAUACUUGCAAGCUCUAGUGUGAAGCCAACAAAUGUUGGAAAUGGGUAUAGGGGACAUCUCUCGAUCUGCCUACUAAUGAAAUAUUUUCGGCAGUUAUCGCCAUUUUACUAGCCUGCGAACGGCAGACGUAUUUCCGGUCGUCGCUUCUCUCCGUCCGAAAAAUAACGUCGUCAUUUUUCGGAGGAAGAGAAGCGACGAACAGAAAUACGUCUGCCGUUCGCAGGCUACCAUUUUACAAACAUGUGCCCUUUUUCUCCCUGAAGCAGAGUAGGCAUCAUGGCUGAUUGUUUUGGUAUUUUCAUGCGCAAAUCGCCGCGGAGUUACGCAAAACCUCGAUCAGUUAUCGACGACUUUUUCUGGGCUGAAACCGGGUAGCAGCUCAUUCCUUAACGCAAGUUAAAAGUCGCCUGUAAAGGUCUCGGGGCCAAGAAUGUCGUUGUGAGUCUUGAGAAAAACGUAAGAUUUUGUGCUUGAUUAAAACCCUAACUCAACUUCCCUCUCCGAGAUGAUCGUGGGUAAAAACUAAUGAUGUUUCAUUUUUUCAUUGAUGUCUAGAUUCCACACAAUAACAACUGCGUAUUACCGCGGGGCACUGGGUAUUAUGCUCGUGUACGACGUCACAAAUGAGAAAACGUUCACCAACAUCUCAAAGUGGAUGAGAAAAAUCGAGGAGCACGCGAAUGAAGACGUAGAUACCAUCUUAGUUGCAAACAAGUGCGACUUGGAAAGCAGGAGAAAGGUCACAAGAGAAAGGGGAGAGAUGUUAGCCCAGAACCAUGGCAUUAAACACGUAGAAACGAGCGCACUUUCAAGUGAAAAUGUCGACCAAGCGUUCAUUGUUCUAACACAGGACAUUUUGAACAGAGUUUGCCCGCCCGUUCAGGAAGAGAGCGUCAAAAAUGGCAAGGGAAAAGGGAAGAAGAAACGAGUCAACUUAAAGAGAUCAUCUUCUCCUCGUCUUUCAUGUUGUAGGUAG